AUGGCUACCAAGACACGAAAGCACAGCGACUAUACUGUGGGAUGGAUCUGCUCCUCGACCGAAAGAAGAGCGGCAAUGGCCAUGCUGGACGAAUUGCAUGGGUCUUUACCAGUACCAGAAUAUGAUCGAAAUAUAUACACCUUUGGAUCUAUUGGCAAACACAACGUUGUCAUUGCAUGUCCGCCGAUGGGAACACCUGCAAUAGAUACCAUUACGAUGAAGAACGCAUUUCACGCAAUCAGAUUUAGCUUACUGGUUGGCGUUGGCAGCGGCAUUCCACCCGAUGUUAGGCUCGGAGACGUGGUCGUCGGCACACUUGGAGGCCUCUAUCCCCGAGAAGUCACGCUGAAUUCAAGCAACACAGAAGCGGAGAUAUCUGUACGCGCUGAGACAUGGGCCGCUACUUCUUCACAGUUGCUCACCACAACUCUCGAAAAAAUAAAGACGGAGCAUAAGAUAUCUGGAUCCAGGAUACCGGAAUAUCUGGAGAGGCUGAAACAAGACUCACCGGAACUGGCGUCGAGAUAUCUCAAAUCUGAUUCUCUCGAGGAUUUGUUAUUCGAAGCAAGUUAUAGCCAUGCUAUGUCGAAUUUUGCGCGCAGACUUGCGGGCUUCAAUAGCUUUCUUAGCAAUCAUGAGGAAGGGAACUGUCGGUUCUGCGACAAGACUAUGACUGUGAAAAGAGAACCGAGAGAAAUGCGUGUCCACUACGGUUCAAUCGCUUCAGUCAGCCAGGAGAUUGAAAGCGCGCUCUUGAGAGAUAGGCUCAAUCGAGAAUUUGGGGGGAAAGUUCUCUGUAUUGAGAUGGAAAUAGUAAAGAUGAAGAGGCGCUUUCUGGGCGUUUUCCCGUGCCUUGUCAUUCGAGGAGUUUGCGAUUAUGCAGACUCCCAUAAAGAUAAGGAAUGGCGGGACCACGCUGCCAUCAUGGCAGCCGCGUAUGCAAAAGAACUCUUACAGUAUGUUCCCCCUUGGAAUGUUGAUCGAGAGCCGAGUGCGAAGGGUGUUACUGGCCAAACCAUCGUUCAUCAGGCAUCACCUACUCAGCAGUCCGUGGCUCCCGCCGCACAGCCAAAAGCCGACGAGUAUCAAUGGCAAAAUCCUCGUCCGGCCCCUCCACCUCCCAGACGCGGCUCAGCUACUACACACAAGCCCCCUAUUCCCCACCCAGGCCUCAGAAGAGAACACCAUCUCCUAUCCUCGACUCAGCGCCAGCGAGUUCCUUCUCCUACUCCACCUCUUAGUGCUCAGAUUCCUUUGGAUUCACCACCAUCCCAAGAUUAUGCGCCAGAGUUUCCCCCAUGGAUGCCCUUCUCUCUCAACGCAAACGCUGAGGUUCACGCCGUCGUAAAUACAAAGAGAACCGAUGACUUAACAAGAUCGAUCUUAUCCAACGAACAAGAUCUUCGGAUUCUGGAAUGGCUGACACCAGUUGACUACGGUCCUCGACAUAGGGACUUCCUGAGAAGUUGGCAGCCGGAGACGGGUUUAUGGCUCCUAGACUCAGCAGAAUACAAAACAUGGUUAAACACCAAGAAGCAGACUCUCUUCUGUCCCGGAGAUAUCGGAACUGGAAAGACCAUCCUGACGUCGGCUGUAAUCAACGACGUCAAAACGAGGCUCCAAAAUAAUCCCACGGCUGGUAUUGACGGGUGCAGCUUUCUUUCAGCGGCAAUUUUUGUACAUUUGCUCGAGGAGAGGCUAUUGAGGGAACCAUCGAUCGUGGAUGUAGUGGGAGACAUGCUGAAGCCCAAUCCAGAAUUAACAGCUGAAGGCGAGGUUGAAGCUGAGGAUCCCAUACCAAGCUUGUCCGAAAUGGGACAUGACUCUGAACAACAAUACAUGGUCACAGAGUCCAACCAUUUUCGAAACGAAGAAACAUGGGCCACAGACUUAAUCUCAAGAGAGCAAUUCUCAGAUUCCGGAUAUGCGUCUAUGCCACAUGGUUUCACUACAAAAUCCGAAUUCUCGCAAGAGGAAACAAUAAUGGAAGAGUCUUACCACGGAAUUGUAGAAUCAGUGUCUAAUAAGAAUGUUCUAGAAGAAAUUGCGUCUACUGAUCAAGCAAACAACAGGACAGAUGAUGUAGACGACAGGACAGAGUACUCAGCUGCGACAAGCUUGGCCGACUCCAGGAUAGAGCGACUAGUUUCGCAAUUAGCCGAUCAAUUGAUUGGCGAAGUGUGUUUGGACGGGCUUGAUGAACAAUCGAUGAAAACGGUCUUCAGCACUUUCCAAGGCCUUCUUAAAAGCUUUGCGCUUAAAAUUGGUUUCAACGCCCAGUCUCAAAUACAAAGAGACAUCAUGUAUUACACACACAAAUAUAGCGGCCAUAUUGCUCGCCAACUAGAAACACAGCUGAGUAGUGAAGAUCUAGACCGUGAUCAAUAUGGCGAUAGGAUGUCUCCAGAAAUCUCACGGGAGAUGACCAGAGACUGGCUUAAUCACCUCGACGAUGCGGGCGAAUUCGAACCCUAUGGAGUCCCAGAUAACCAAGAUGUGGAGGAAGAUUCUCUUCAGGAGGAUCAUCCAGAAGAUUAUGAAGAAGAUGGAGAUGCAAAUAUUUUCGAUCUCGGUGCACAUCACGAUCUUAUUAGUGCAUCCGCUGCAUAUCGCUGGCUUCUCAUGGCUUUGAGAAGAGAGUCUUUAAUGGAAGUAGGCUGCUCAAGUUCUAUGCAAGACAUCAAACAAACAAUCCUUUGCUCUCUCAAACUGGACCACAGCAUAAGCAGGUCAAGAUCUUCAGAGGCUUUCCGUACUACUUUCUCGGUCAAAUGGGAUCCUAUCAAAUUCUUCAAAGAACAAGGUUACCAAGAGACUCUGGAAGAGGUAAUUGACAAAGUCAUUACCUUGACCGGAUCUGUAAAGAAUGCGCAGGCACUAACGUCUUUGCAAUAUCUUCGCCAAACUUGGCCAACAACUGGCGAGUACGUUUUGCAACUGGUAAAGAACGUGCUAAGGGGACCACGUGGUGAAAAGUAUACAGGCCGUUUACCAGAAGGCACACAGCUUACUGCGUGGACCACCGACACAGGUUUCAUGGCAGAGGCAUUUGGUACUGCAGCCUCCAUUGCAGAGGUCGGAGAGCAGCUUGCAUGGCUAAGUGCAAGCCUUCGCUCUUCUACUUACAACGGAAUGGCUUUCAUCACCCCCUCUCUUUAUAUCCUACGGCCUGAGGAUACGAAAUUGCAGCCUGAGGAUACAAGACUGCAGCCUGAGGAUGCAAGACCGCGAAUGCAUAAUCCUAAUAUUCAAUAUCAAUUUAAAUACGCAAUUGAAAAGAGCAAGGAGAGCUCGUUAGAUAACGGGCAAUGUUGGCACAGCAUGUUUAGAAAUCCACUUCUAGUGAAGGGAUUUCCAGUACUUCGCAGGCCCAAACUCGAUACGGGCCUUGAAAUGCCUUUAAACAUGAUUUCAGCACUUGCCUACACACAACGGAUUGACGAGUUUAACGGGAAGAUAUUCAUCAAAGGGUUUUCAACUAUGCUCAUCCCUACUGACUAUAGUGAGGGUGUUAUUACCUGGCACUGGCAAUAUAGAACCGAUGGAGGACAUAUAUCUUAUUUUGAUGCUUGUGUGCCUCACAUAUCAGUCAACGCCUCUGAUAUCGAACAAUCUCGCAAUAUAGUUGGCUGGUGUUCACAAGCCGACCUUUUCGCUGGAGCCACUGAAGCCAAGUAUAGCGUGCAAAGGUCAGGCCUGCCCAGACCGACUGCAGACUGUGUGCUUCAUAAUAUUUCUAUAUCCGCUGGAAAAUAUAUAACUGGAGGCGUUAACUUUGCCAUGGGUAUUAAAGACCAACCUAUUCACCUAACGAGAGGAAAUUAUAUGCCAAAGCUUGAGUGGAUUCAUAAGAAAUUUGUUGUUCUUUGGGACGAAAAAUACAAGCGUGGCUGGCUGGUAAAUGGAACAACCGCUUUACUACACCUUUCGCGCGCGGCUCUAAAGCGUAAACAAGAGAGUCCGUUCAAGUCUCUACUGCUUUUCAAGUCCGGAUCCCUCGAAGAAGCUACUGAAAAGUUUACCGCAGACUCUGCCGUCCAAGUACUUACAAAUGAACACAACAUGAAGCUAAAGAUAUACCGAGAUAAGAGUCAGCAUAGCGAAAGAGUGCUCUGGAAAGGAACCGAUAAAGAAAAUGUGGUUUAUGAGGAAAAGGAGAAUUUCUACCGUUUUCAAGAUUUGGUCGACGAUCUCUACAAUGUCCUCGAGAAAAUGGUUGAGUACCAAAACCAUGUCACGAAUAGAGACGGAGUGAGCUUGAAAUGCAGAGUUCGCAAACAUCUUGAUGGGUGGGAGUUUGACGAUGUCAUUGAGAACCAAGAUUGCCGUCCCAGCGUUGCAACGCUAGAAGCAAUGGGCUAUGGAUGGGUGAAUCUUAUAACGGAAAUUGGCGCUGUCACUUUGCUUGGCAGGGAUUUCGGCGAGAUCAUUCAGCCAUCCGAGAUGCUUUGUGAUCGCUGGUCUCAAAUGCCAAUGGGUGGGUAUUUUCUUGGGGCUUGCGUCUCGGAUCUUGCUAAUAUUAUACGAUCGCACGGGAACGAAGAACAGCUGAGGCUUACUAAUAAUAUUAGUUGGCAUAGCUCAGAUAAGCCAUUUGAGCGGUGUCGAUGUGCAAAUUCGUCGAAGCACUCUUAUUUGGUACAACAGCUACGCAAGUCAAAAGAUUAUGAGAAAUUUAAGAGCAACGAUAACAACGAUGGAAACGAUAGCAGCGGUAACAACGGUAACAGUGGCAGCAAAAAUUACAGCAGCGCAUCACUGAGUCUCCGAGGCGCCGUCAUAUUUAGCCACAACUACCAACUGGCCUUUAAGCAAGACGAUGUUGAGAAAUCUACGAAAUCUACCAACCCUACCAAAUCUACCAAAUCUAGCUCUUUACUGGCCCUGGAAGCUUCAAAUGGGGAUGAAGAUGCCGGCCCCAGUCGAAUUCAAUUACUGGUUGAAGGAAAUGCGAGCAGUUUAAGUUUGGAAGCUGGGCAAUUAACACCGAUGCUUGAAUCAGCUACGAGCGAGCACUGCAAUUCGCAGCCGGGUUUUCACGAAUCGCAGACUGAGGCUAGCAUCGACGACUCGUUGGCCACAUCGAUUUCGGAUGUUCCAAAAGAUUCUUCAAAGACGGCAGGAGAAGGGCCAUUUGAUAGCCAUGGUCCGAUGCGGAAUACUACAGUCUCUGUAAGCCAAGAGAAUGGCAUGAACUUGCGACAAGGGAAAGGCAGAUUGGGUAGAUGGAGACACUUUAAACAGCGAUUUUCGAAUUUUUCUAGAAAGUAA